CCUCGCUCCCACUGACCGGCUCAUCUCCCCUACCUAGUUCCUUCCAGCGUCGCCUCCCCUUCUCCUUGCCAGCACACACAAUCCAGAUCCGCGUCCUUCCCCGACCGCCUCAUCCGCUUCCGGCUCGCCGCCGCCCGUUCCCCGAUCCCCGUCCGCCUCCUCUCCUUCAUCCGCGGAGCCUUCCCGACAUCCCCAUCUACGUGCCCACAUCAGAUGGCUGGCGAAAUUGUGACCGUGGCGAGUGGGGUGAUGAACCCCCUCAUCGGCAAGCUCAAAGCACUCAUGGGUGACGAGUACGGCAAGUUCACAGGGGUCAGGAAGCAGGCUUCGUUCCUUGAGAAGGAACUCAGCGCCAUGAACGCUGCCCUCCAGAAGCUCGAGCUCAUGGAUGAUGAGCUCGAUCCAACUGUCAAGGACUGGGUGGAUCAUGUUAGGGAUAUGUCCUAUGACAUGGAGAAUUGUAUUGACGACUUCGUGCACCAAUUUCGAGCUGAUGAUGCCAAGGCAGGCUUCAUAGAGAAGAUUACUCAAUUCAUCAAGAAGUUUCGACAACGCCUUCGGAUAGCCGACCGGAUGGAAGAGCUCAAGACUCUUGCCUUGGAGGCGAAUGAUCGACGUGAGAGAUAUAAGAUUGAUGAUUGGAAGCCUGCCUCUGGCCAUGUGCCUGUUGACCCUCGGCUGCGAGCGGUAUAUCAGGAGGCAGAUACUCUCGUGGGCAUUGAUGGCCCAAGGGAGGAGGUUGUCACUCGGUUGAUGGAUACUCGGAAGAAACUCAAGGUGGUAUCCAUUGUGGGAUUAGGUGGUCUUGGUAAAACUACACUUGCCAAACAGGUCUAUGACAAGAUUGACUCGCAAUUUGAUUGCAAGGCAUUCUUUUCAGUUUCACAGAGGCCUGAUAUGAGUGAGCUACUCAACAAUUUACAAUAUAAACUUGGGAUGAACGACCCCGUUUCAUCUCACGCUCGCAAGGUUGACGACAUCAUUAAAGAGCUAAGGGAACAUCUGAAAGAGAAAAGGUACCUUAUUGUUGUUGACGAUGUGUGGGAUGAAUCAGCUUGGAAUAUUAUUAAGUGUGCUUUUCCAGAAGAGGGUAAUGGAAGUAGAGUAAUAGUUACAACACGAGUAGAAGGUGUAGCUAUCGUAGCCUGUCAGAAUGACCGUGAGGGCAUGUACAGAUUGAAACCUCUCAGUGAAGAAAACUCAAGAAUGUUAUUCUUGAAUAGAGUAUUUGGGUCUGCACAUGGUUGUCCACCCCAACUUGAAGACAUCAUGGCUGAGAUUUUGAAGAAGUGUCAUGGAUUGCCACUUGCAGUUAUCACAAUAGCUAGCCUAUUAGCAAGUGAAGAAAGAUCAAGGAAGGGGUGGGAGAGUAUAAGGGAUUCUUUGGGUGCCCAGUCUGCUACAAAUCCUACCUUGGAAGAGAUGAAGAGUAUAUUAAACCUUAGCUACAUGCAUCUUCCUGCUUAUCUGCGGGCAUGUUUUUUGUACCUUGGUAUGUAUGCUGAGGAUUGCGAAAUCCCAAGGGAUGAUCUGGUUCGACAAUGGAUAGCUGAAGGCUUUAUCAGUAGUUUGCAUGUGCAAGAUCUGGAGGAUGUUGGUAGGAGUUAUUUCAAUGAGCUUAUCAACAGAAGCAUGAUUCAGCCUUAUGAAAAUGAUGAGGAGGAGGUGUGUUGCAGAGUACACGACAUGAUGCUUGACUUGAUCCUAAGCAAGUGCGCUGAAGAUAACUUUGUAAGUGUGGCAUACAAUUAUGAAGGCAUGGCAAGAUUGCAUGGCAGCAAAUACAAGAUUCGUCGAUUAUCUCUGACAUCCUUUGUUGGUGAUGGAGCAACUAUUUCUGUUAGCCUAUCACAAGUUCGAUCAUUUGCACUGUCGGGAAACUCCAUGCCUCCUCUUUUGUUGUUCAAGUACCUCCGGGUGUUCAGAAUUGAUCAGGACAGUUCUAGUGGAGUCAUGGGGACCCUUGACCUCACCGCUAUUUGCCAAUUGUUUCAGCUGAGGUACUUGUAUGUUUCAGUAUCACGUCUUGUACAGCUCCCAGCUGAACUUAAAGGGCUUAUUUACUUGGAGACGCUGGCCAUACCUUUUGCAGAUCUCAAGAGCAUCCCCUCAGAUAUAGUUCAUUUGUCUCGCUUGUCCUAUCUUAGUUUUGGUAUGGAAGAAGGGCUGCCUGAAUGGAUUGGGGAUAUGAAAUCACUACGCAGUCUGAUAAUAUAUCGUAUGGUGACCAAUCCGAGCAUGAAGGCCAUUAUGGGUCUUGGCGAGCUUACCGAUCUUAGGGAACUGGUAAUCUAUGUGGGGUCUUUUGAGAAGCCAAAACUUGAUGCUUUGGCCUACUCCAUUGGACAGCUUUGUAACCUCAAAUAUCUUCGAUUCUAUGGGUCUCAUUCUAAAGUCGAUAACCAGCUGGGCUCAUUAUCCAAUCCUUUUCAACAUAUCGAGGAAUGUCGCGGGUCUGUAUUGAAUUUCCAUAGAGUUCCCAAAUGGAUGGGUGGUCUCCAUUGCCUUCGUAUCCUCGAUCUGCGUGUGGAGGAGACGUCAACUGAGGAGGUUCAUCUUCUUGGGGAGCUUCCCUCCCUCGUCAAACUUGAAUUUAGUUUGUCGCAUCUCCCUAAAGAAAGGGUUAUAUUGGGAAGAGGACUAUUCCUGGUUCUGGAGCACUUCACAUUUCACUCAAAGGAAGACAUUAUGGCAUACCUGGGAUUUCAGGCAGGGGCCAUGCCCAACUUACGAACCCUCGCUCUCAAUAGCGCGGAGUGGGGUGGCAGUAUACCAGUCGGCAUGGAGCACCUGUUAUGCCUCCAGAAGAUCAAACUGUAUCAGAAUUACUCUCGUGAUGCAACCAUGGUUUCUGCGUUCCGGGAUGCCUUAUCAGUGCACCCAAACCGCCCUUCUGUUGAAUAGUCAUAUUAGAUGGUUUAUUAUGUCAAGAGUUUUGUGGAAGGCUCAUUUUACCUGUAUCCUGGAUCAGAGAAGCAGGAAGACUCCGAUGAACCUUGGACUCUGGCUGAGCUUGGUCGGACGGUGCUUGAUGCAACUCAGCCUGCAAUCAGUUGGAUAGACUAUGGGUGCUUUGGUCUACGGCGCUGGCCAGUGGACGGUCGUUGAUGUUGGUUGUAAUGCUUUGGCACAGUCCUGCCAUGUUCACAUUGCUGCUUCAUGACUCAGUUGGCUACCAAGUUCUGUCUAUACUUUAUGGUUUCCUUGAGACCUGAUAUCAAUGUAUUGUCUACACGUACACUACAUUCUAAUCUAUAUUGACUUAUUCAGUCCGCCCCAUGAUCUCCGUGCGGAUUGAUUGUUCAAACCUGGGAAUUGUUCA